AAAGAAGUCACAAGGCCCUGGGCAAGGGCAGAAUAUGAGGAAGCAGAAUCCACAAAAAAAGGGGGAAACAGGUGGGUGAGCAGAGUCAGCUAAAAAGGCCGACAUGCAGGGGGGGCCCCAGAGAGAAUAUUCGGGAGUGCAGGAGAAGGGCCGAGGAGACUGUCAUGCUCCUGGGUCCUGGCCUGCAAGUCCUCCUAGCCAGCUCCUCCCAGGAGGCAAAGGUUCUGGUCAUUGCUGCCAAAGACAUUCCAGGAGAGAGCAGGCAUCAAGCCAAAGCCACUGCAACAGAAGCCCCAGAGAGCAGGGAGCAGGCCUUAGGGAGGCUGUGGCUGUUGGGGGGCUGGACGCCGGCCACCCUGCCCUGGAGAGCUUCCACAUGAACCUCCAGAUGCAGGGAGCUCCCCGCGUGCCUCAGGUGGGUCUGCGCAUCUGCCUGGAAUGUUCUGCCCCUCAUCAACCUGGCAGGGCCCUACAGAUCCUCUGCACACUGGCCCCUCCAUCCCCUCCUCUCCCGACCACCCACACAGAAGCAGGCCUCCUCCUCCUCCCCCUCUCCCCUGAACACAGAGCACUUGGCGUGCCCACGUGUGGCCACAGGAUGCCUGUGAAGGAGAACAAAGGAGCGGCAGGGCUUCCCAAGCACCUAAGGAGACACACCCAAGAUGCCACAUUCCCCAAAGCAAAAACAAAAGGGUUUUCAUGUUGCUUUCUGGUGCAAAAGAUAGCUUGAGAGAUGUAAAUCCCAAAGGUCCACCAGGCCACAUGCCCGCUCCUCACAAAGGUCCAGAGUGACAUAAUUUAGGACCUCUGCCCCCCGCCAUCCCCGACCCUGCUCUUACGGAGGACCCCCAGCACCAAAGCUCUGGCCAAGGCCCUGCCCACUCAGGGGUCAGCACACCAAACCCUCUGUCUCCCUCUGCCGCUCAGUUCCUGCAGGUCCACCCUGGGCCAGCCUCCUCUCUUGUGGUCAAAGGCACUGGCCUCCACUCCCCCUGAAGCCCAUUCUCUAGACACUCUGCCAGGGACCAUCUUAAAAUGUGACUUGGAUCCUGGCUCUUCCGGCCCCCUGAAAUGGCUGCUCGCCACUUCUCUUCUCCUCCACCCUCCCUCCUUACUGUGUGUAAGACUGAGCAAUUCUCAGAACAAGCCAUCACCUCUCCCAGGCUCUUCCCUGCCUGGAUGCCUCACCACCUUCUCUACCUGACUGAGGCCUGACCUGGCCUCCAGGGAGGCCCCAGCCCUUGGAACACGCAUCUGCCAGUCUAGGCCGCAGGGCCCUGCUGGCCCUCCCAGCCCACUCAUGCCCUGCCCGCCACAGUGGCACUACUCUGCCCAGCCUUCCGCCCCGAAUAGGAACUGCUCUCAUUCACAAGGCUGGCCAGACCAGCGCCAUUCCUCUCAGGCACUACCAGUUCCAAGGAGACAAGUCCUAGAGAGGGUUUUCUUCACACUCCAAAGCAGCUGCGGGCCAUCAGCCCUAGUGGGACAUGGGCCAAUGCAGGGUCAGUCCACACAGACAGGAGAAGGAAACGGGCGUGGGGCCAGCACUCUGGCUUGACCUGGGUGGCCCUUCCUUGGGCCUAACUCGUGACAAGGAAACAGCAGCGAGGAGGAGCAGGGAGGGUUACCGCAGUCCUGGGUGCCGCCUUCCUUCUAGCGGGCGGGGAGUGGGCACUCCUGGUAGGCCAACCUGGCUUCCAGGGUUCCAGGGGCCCUGGUUCCCCCAGCUCAGUCCCUACUCCCGGCAGGCUGGCUUUAUGACUUCACAUGCUGAAGUCACGCGGGGACAAUGCUGAGCGUUCCACCCCUCCAAGUCCAGGCCCAGCCCAGCCAGACGGCUCCCCACAGUGUAAAUGAGGACAAUGCCCGCUGGCCCACAGGGGGAGGGGAUGUAGAGCGCAGUGCCGCCAGCCGCUCCUGGCACCAUGGACGAUGCCGCGGUCCUAAGGAAGAAGGGUUACAUCGUGGGCAUCAAUCUUGGCAAGGGGUCGUAUGCGAAAGUCAAAUCUGCCUACUCUGAGCGCCUCAAGUUCAACGUGGCAGUCAAGAUCAUCGACCGCAAGAAGACGCCCACCGACUUUGUGGAGAGAUUCCUUCCUCGGGAGAUGGACAUCCUGGCAACCGUCAACCACCGCUCCAUCAUCAAGACCUACGAGAUCUUUGAGACCUCUGAUGGACGCAUCUAUAUCGUCAUGGAGCUUGGGGUCCAGGGUGACCUCCUGGAGUUCAUCAAGUGUCGGGGAGCCCUGCACGAGGACGUGGCUCGUAAGAUGUUCCGCCAGCUCUCCUCAGCUGUCAAGUACUGCCACGACCUGGACGUCGUCCAUCGAGAUCUCAAGUGUGAGAACCUUCUCCUCGACAAGGACUUCAACAUCAAGCUGUCCGACUUCGGCUUCUCCAAGCGCUGCCUGCGGGACGGCAGCGGCCGCAUCAUCCUCAGCAAGACCUUCUGCGGGUCGGCGGCGUACGCGGCCCCCGAGGUGCUGCAGGGCAUCCCCUACCAGCCCAAGGUGUACGACAUCUGGAGCCUGGGCGUGAUCCUCUACAUCAUGGUCUGCGGCUCCAUGCCCUAUGACGACUCCGACAUCAAGAAGAUGCUGCGCAUCCAGAAGGAGCACCGCGUGGACUUCCCCCGCUCCAAGAACCUGACUGGAGAGUGCAAGGACCUCAUCUACCGCAUCCUGCAGCCGGACGUCAACCGGCGGCUGCACAUCGACGAGAUCCUCAGCCACUCCUGGCUGCAGCCCCCCAAGCCCAAAGCCAUGUCUUCGGCCUCCUUCAAGAGGGAGGGUGAGGGCAAGUACCGGGCCGAAUGCAAACUGGACACCCGGCCGGGCUCACGGCCUGAGCACCGGCCCGAGCACCGGCCAGACCAUAAGCUGGGGGCCAAAACCCAGCACCGGCUGCUGGUGGUGCCUGAGAACGAGGACAGAGUGGAGGACAGGCCGGCCGAGUCCUCCAAGGCAAAAGAUCAUCAUGGCACCGGAGCUGAGGUGGGGAAAGCGAGCACCUAGCGGUGCGGAGGGCCUGGGGGGCGUGGUGCGUGGUGCGCGCCCACAUAAACUAAAUAGGCAGUAGGAGCUGAAGAAGGCACAGGUGCAAGGAACAAGUAAAAUCCGUCAAUUAAACCACUAUUUUGAUUACGUUCUAUUAGCUUUCUUCCACUUAGUAGCAAAGACAUUAAUUACUGACCACCAAAUAAACCGCAAAGUGUGUACAAG